UGUAAAUAAUGUUGUUAGAGAUUUAAUAUGUUCCAAUAUAAAAAAUCUCAUGGGAUUUCAUAUGCAGUUGUUCAUAUUGCUUCUUCACUUAAAAAAUCAUCACAGCUCCUAUAAACUAUUAUUAGUUUGGGUGAUGUGCACAUAUGGCUUUCUCAGCUUCCUGACUCCUUUACAAAUACAGUAAAGCACAUGUGAACUUACUAGCAAAACUUGAAAAUGCUGAACUGUUUCAGAUGACUUUGAUGAGCUUGUGGUGAGUAACAAUGAUGUUGUGCUCAAAAAUAUUGCUGAAGAUUUGCGGAAUCGUUUACCCAUCGAGGCAAUGUUCACUUCGGAACAUCAAGCUGUUCAGAAAAUACACCAGCAUCCACUGCCCAUGAUUCAUGUUGAUGCAUUCCUUUAUGAUGAUGAUGUUGUUGAUUCAUUGUGUGAGGAAGGGAAAAUGAGUAGGAGCUACUGCACAGAGUGUGGCUCAUACAAAACUGCAUCUUUAGAGUUUAUUUCGCAUUCCUUUUCCCUCAUGGAACUGAAGUUUCUUUAUCAACAUGUACUGCCUGACCUGACAGGAAAGGUAGUGGUUGACGUUGGCUCCAGGCUUGGUGCAGUGCUAUUUGCGGGUUAUCUUUAUAGCUCAGCAUCCCAGCUGUAUGGAGUAGAAAUGAAUGCAGACUUUUGCAAGUUGCAGGAACUUAUGAUUACAAAAUAUGAGUUCAUUGACAGAAUAAAGGUGGUUCAUGCAGACAUCUGUACUCAGGCUUCACUUCUUCAGAAGGCUGAUGUUGUUGUAAUGAAUAAUGUCUUUGAAUAUUUUCUUGACAGACAGGAACAGGUCAGAGCUUGGGAAUUUAUUGCUUGUAAUAUAAGGAAAAGAGGGUCCUUAUUAGUGACAGUUCCCAGUCUUCAAGAAUCACUUUCAAAGCUCCAGACAGAUGUACAGCUCAGCCAAUGGGUCGAAGAGAUGCAGCUAAACUAUGAUGUGUAUAUGGAAAAGGAUGUUGACAGAGAAGCACUUGAACAGAUACAUUUAUACAAGAUUCUGUAGUACCUGGAAAAAUUUACUAGUAUCCUUAUAAUAUCAUAUAUUUUGGGUCUAAAAUGAAUUUGGAUUGAUUUGUGUGAAUAAAUCAGAUCAAAAUUCAUAUUGUGAUUAAUCUGAGUCAUACACGUGGUUUGUAAUGAAAAAGAGUCUUUGGAAACAGGUUUUCUUAUGAAGGCAUUUAUCUCAACAGAGUAUUUUGACUUUUAACUAGGAGAUAUGCUCAUGGUUUAAUUUUUGCAGAAAC